AACUAGAAAUUGACUAUUCAAGUAUGAUUUGCAACGAUAAACAAGAAGCUAAAGAGAGUGAUGAUGAUGGCUAUGUUGAGAUUACAAAUGAGGCUGAUAAUACCAAACAAUCCCUCAAGAAAAAGAAAAUCAACUCAAAUGAUAGUGAUACCACUACUGCUACAACUCAAGUGACAAACAUUGUCAAUAGAAAAAUUAAUACAAAGGCAACCCAACAAAAAGUCUCAGGCAAUUUUAUAGAGGCUAAUGGAACCAGAGGAGGCAGCGGUAAGAAAGCUAAGAAAUGCUCAAAAACUGUAGAUGCAAAUAAGAGAAGCUGCACUGAUGCUCAUCCUAAUGAGAAUCCCUAUUUCACUCUUAAAUUAUCGCCAUCUUAUGCGGAAGCUGAUAAAUUAAUCUUGGAUUUUUAAACCUUGUUGAAGGAGAAA